CCGACAGACUCGAGCAAUAAUUCUCACGAACCAAUAUGGCGGACUCGGGAGCCCCGCUCAAGCUGGGCCUUGUUAAAGGUGAAAAAAUCCUGGUCAGCGUGGAAUCGAUGCUACCGGACAUCGUGGUCGUGUCGUUCGAACACGGGACUAAAUUGUUUCAAGGCGCACUGCUCGACGCGACUAAAAGAGGAUUGCCCUGCGGUGUCCAGCUCCCGGAACCAGUUCGCGACGACGGUGGAGAUGGCGAUAAAUUCGCUUCCGUAGGCGCGCGGUUCAGUUAUUUCCAGGAGAAGCGGGCCUCGGCAGUUCCUACAAAGAUAGAUCUCCGUAGAAACAUCAACCCCCCGGCAAGGUACAAGAAUGCAAGGCCCACGGUGCGCCUGAGGCCUCGUCAGGUGCUGUGCAGCAAGUGCAGGUCAAUAUGCAACGAGAACAGUGAAAACGUUGACGUGAGCCGUAAGCGAAAGCUCCAGGAGACGACACCUACGCGACGCAGCGACCGUCGAUGUCAGCCAACACCGGCAAAGGGCCAGAGAAAUCUGUUCGCCGAAAAUCCAAGUGCGAAUACAUCGCAAACGUCAAGCGCAGCCUCAAAUCCGACGGAGUCGGCCAAAUUGCACCCUUCCCUUAUCCCGAAGGUUUCGAGACUCAGACCCAAUGAGAUAAACGAGGCGAUUCAGGGCGCCGCGUCCGGCGAUAAGGGUAAGUCCCCGGUGUCAGGGGGUUCCGGCACGUCGUACUGGUCCAAGGACGAAGAGGACUCUCCGGGAAAACCCGAGGACGCUAGAAACGAGGCUGGUAAGGGCAACCGUUCGACGGAAUUCACGAACAAUUUUUCGACCGCUUACGGUGCCAGACCGAGGAGGUUGAGUAGCUCGUCCGUCGAGAGCGCGAAGGUUCCCGACGAGGAAGACAAGAAGACUCUGGCGGCGGCCGAUUCCACCAUGAGACCGAAGAUAACCGGGGGGAGGGUUUCGAGGAAGAAGAGGUCGGUAGGUUCGAUGGAGGAUCUGUGGGAUGAGUCGGUCUUCGAAGAGCUCAACAGGACCGCGAAAACGACACCGGUAAUCAAGAUAUCCUUUGGCGCCCAGGGAGAGGGGACGGUGAUGAAAAUCCCAGCCAAGAUCCAGUGUACCCUCUUCGACGGGGAGAGGGAUACGGACACCGAGGACCUCCCGGAUGCACCCACCGAGCCGCGAAACGAUCCGCCCGAAAUUGCGAAACAAACCCCGGCAGCCGUCGAUCUCGCGGAAGUAAUCGAGGAGAACGAAGAGGAGCGAUGCUCGGACGGUGCGGUGCAGCAAACCGGGGCAAAGGACGCGAGUGCCAAGGCCGCGAAGAGAGCGCUGAAAAGAGCAAAGAAAGAAGCCAGGAGAAAAAUGCUAGGUGGUGUCUCGCCGGCCAGAUCACCGUGCAACGGUUCUCCACGGUACAACCCAACCUCCGAUCCGCUGUCUUAUCACCGUCGUAGGCACAAAGUUAAACACAAGAAGAAGCACAAGGAAGACCGCAAGCACAACAAAGGGCUGCUGCACUCGCAGUUAGAGACACACGGCUCCAGGGCCCAAGAGCAGGACCGAGUUGUAAGUGCGAGUGGGACGGGCGCAGCCCAGGGCGACCAGCGAAAGUGGGACGUCCUUCCCGUUGAUUCUUAUACGGCGAUAAAAGAGCAGUGCCUGAAACAAAAGCUUUCAAUAUCACUGAAGAGGCUCAACACUAACGCUUACGCGAGGUGCGAAUACCCCGUCAGCAACGCAUCGUCGGGUUGCAAGAGCCCUGGCGCCAGCAGCGACGAUCUGAGUGAACACGAACCAGAAGUCGACGCCGGUGAAACCGCCCCCGAUUUUCCACCGCCUGCUCACCCCCUUGUUAUGAGACUCGCCGCUACUCCGGUUCCUCAUUGUCUCACCGCCACGGGUAGGCGAAUGGAUGUCGGUGAUGUGGUCUGGGGGAAAAUUCACGGGUUCCCAUGGUGGCCCGGAAAGGUUUUGAGUAUCCAAGUGGCCUGCAAAGAGGACGGGACUACUUCGAGUCCUCAGGCUCAUGUCGCUUGGUACGGCUCCUCCACCAGCUCCCUGAUGUCCUGCGAUCAGCUCAGUCCGUUCCUAGAAACGUUCAAGACCCGGUUCAACAAAAAGAAACGUGGACCUUACAAGGAAGCCAUCAGGCAGGCACAGUCCGAGGCAAGAAGUCAGGCGACGCCAGACGACGUAUCGGAUAGCGUCCUCAACAUAUGUGGUUCUCCGCGGGAAGUCAACGUCCUCUCGUGAAACUCUUCGGGCCUCUCUCUUUUCCCUUCUGCAUUUCCAUCUAUGUCUCUAUCUCCGUCACUGCCUCCAUUCCAUUUCCAAUUUCAUUUCCAACUAUUCCCCCUCCGCGACAACGAUUAAACGCGCUGUGUAACACGGAAUGUAGGUUACCGCGCGACAAAUUAUUUUUGUUAUGUAAGAUAUUCUUGUAAAUAUUUUUAUCGACGAUUAGCAAUUAUCAUUUAUUAUCAUUAUGACUAUUAUCGUUAUCAUUAUUUGAUGUUUUUGUAUCGCAGCGAUAAAAUUGUUGAGCAUGAAUGGAUUCGAUUGUCACUCUGGAUACUUGAGACGCGUAGGGAGAAGCGGAAGAAAGACUAGCUGGGAACAAAACUCAGACGUACAAACUAUAAGAUAGUAGAACUUUUUUUUUCAUCCAUCUAUGGCGAUCAUCGGAAACAAAGGCAUCCCGUAUGAUAUAGAUAUUGUAGGUAUACAGUUGGAAAAGAAGUGAGUCCUCCGACUACGGGGUGUAUACGACAAUUUGAAUCUGUGAACUAAUGUUUUUACCUAUUCAUUGUUACCGUGUAUUUUCUUAUUUUCAUUAUUUUUACACUUGGCUAGAGAAUCCUGGUGGGACUGGAUUUCGCCGUUCGAUUCCAUAGUCAUUCGCUGUUCGCCGUCAAAUGUAGAUCGCAGAUUAAAAUCUUCGAGUUGAUUUUGAGUGAUGAAAGCACGAUUAGGCUUUAAAAAUAAAUAGGUAUCAAAUGAGGGGUACUAAACUAUU